CUGGAACUACCAGGCGAGAUACGCAAUCAUAUAUACGCCAUGGCUAUCUACCCAGAGUUGUCUUCCAUUGUGAUCGUAAAUUGCACCAAACCGGAGCAUCUUGCCGUGUCGGUGCUGAACCUUCCUCUCUUUCGCGUCAGUCGCCAGAUUCGGGCUGAAUGCCUUUCCUAUAUGUGCUCCAGGUUCCCUAUACGGAUCCUUGGCCUACAGACUGCGAUUGUCUUCUUUUCUUGCGCAGGACCAGCUACCUCCGAGAUAAAGGCACUCACCCUUGUGCAGCCAGCCAUGAGCAUUCUGGAGAGCAAAGAAAGUCGAGAUACUGUGGAGCACUUUUUCGCAGCACUGAACAGAAUGGAAGAUUUGAACGAACUUGUAUUGGAGGACAUAGGGAGGAAUCCAAUGCUAGAACAGAGUGGAAAGGAACUGGAGUUUGUAAGGAGAGUGAAGGACUUGAGCAAGAGAGGCUUGGAUGUGAAAGUUAGGUUUGGGAAAGAACGGGUGGUGUGAGUAAGACAUGAGAUGCAUCACCGGUCGACACAGUCAGAAACCUGAUUGUUGCCUUCUUGGCAUUGUUCGUGCUACAAAACCCAGAAACUUCUACGAAAUGGGCUCCCGAAGCAUCACUGUGCUGUAAUCUGUACCUUCUAACCCAUAGUGUGUCAGAUCCCAC